AAAAAAUUAGAAAAUGUUGAAAAUGCAAAUAAAAAUUGGUUUGAAGAGGCUAAAUCACAUUUAACCAUAAGCAAUAAACAUGCAAUAAUUAUUCCAUGUUAUGGUUUAACAAAAGAUCCAUCAAUUGGUAAUUUUUAUCUCGUAAUGUUUAAAGGGAUUAUAGAUUUAAGAAAAUAUAUACAACAAAAUCAUAACCAACUUACCUGGAAAGAAAAAGUACAAAUUGCUGUGGAUAUAACUUCUGCAAUUGAUUAUAUCCAUAAGGAAAAUGCAGUUCAUAGAGAUUUGCAUUCAGGAAAUAUAUUAUUUUCAAAAUCAAAUCAAAGAUGGUUUAUUAGUGAUCUUGGAUUCUGUGGCCCUGCAGAUAAACCACAAAACAGUAUAUAUGGAAAUCUUCCUUAUAUAGCACCUGUGGUUAUUUCUGGAAAACAAACUACAAAAGCAUCUGAUAUUUAUAGUAUUGCAAUGCUUAUGUGGGAAAUUUCAUCUGGACAACCACCAUUUAUUAAUUAUGAACAUGAUUAUGAUCUUGCAAUGAAUAUCAUUAAUGGUAUAAGACCAAGAAUAGUAUCAGGAACUCCUUUAGAAUAUGAAAGUUUAAUGAAACAAUGUUGGGAUGCUGAUCCAUUAAAAAGACCCGAUGCUUAUACACUUUGUAAAAAAUUAUAUGAAAUUAAUUUAUAUUAUCUAAAUACAACAAUUGUAUCAGAAGUAAAUGAUAAUUUAGAAAUAAAUAAAACAGAUAGCAGUUUUGAAACAAAUUAUACAGGUAGCAGACUAUUUACAAGUAAAAUUCAUCAAUUUGAAAACUUUCCUGAACCAAGAAAUGCAACAGAAGGUAUUAAACACAUUUAA